AUGAUAUAUGGUUUGGGCUAUAAUGGAAAGGGUGAACUUGGGGUUGACUUGUUUGAAGAGAUGGUGAAAGAAGGGGUAACCCCUUCUGAUUCUACUUUUGUUGGUGUUUUGGCGUGUUGUGCUCAUGCUGGUUUGGUCGAUAAAGGAAGAGAACUUUUUAAUUCUAUGACUGCGGAGUUUAAUCUUUCGCCAAAACUGGAGCAUUAUGGAUGUGUUGUUGAUUUACUUGGACGUUUUGGGCAUGUCAGGGAAGCUUAUGACUUGAUUAGAACUAUGCCCUUGAUGCCAAAUGCUGCCUUAUGGGGUGCUUUGCUUAGUGCUUGUCUCAGUUAUGGUGAUAGGGAAGUUGCUGAAAUUGCAGCUAAAGAGCUUGUCCAUCUUGAACCAAAGAAUUCUGGAAACUAUGUGCUGUUGUCGAAUGUUUAUGCAGAAGAGGGGAAGUGGGAUGAAGUUGAGAAAGUCAGAGUGUUGAUGCAGGGAGGUGGCAUUAAGAAAGUUCCAGGGCAAAGUGCAAUGGGAUAG